AUGAAUUUGGCCCAUGAUGUGAUUGGAUCCAGACCUUGCGGCUAUCCUGGAAACGGCAUCAACAUCUGGUACAGUACCAUGAAGACAUUUGGUAUCUUCCUUCUUAUAGGCUUUCUUGUCCUUUGGUCAGAUAUAUCAUCUGCAUCUGGAACAAGGAUUUUCAUAGAGAAACCAGGAUUCUGUCCAUUUAUUCGUGAAAAAUGUCGGAUGCUCAAUCCACCCAAUGACUGUGAUUAUGACUUCCAAUGCAGUGGCAACCUGAAGUGUUGUGAAGGGAUAUGUGGGAGGGAAUGUCUUCCACCAGUAUAUGGAUAAUGACCUGCUACUCCAAAGGAUACCUGUCAUCAACAGUGCUUCACCCACGGACGUUCUCGCAGUGAAGAGUCAACAGCCAAACACCCAUCUCAUCUGCAGAAGGAAAAUCCAUUUCCCUGAUUUGUUGAUUGGCAUCUUCAAAAGACAGCCAACAUGUUGUAGUGCUUAAAGUGGUGGACUAGUGAUGUUUACUUAAUGCUAACAGGCUAAUCUACUUCAAAAGGCUGUUGCAAAGAAAGAAAUGAUAAUGUACAUGUAUGUAUGUAUACACACACAUGCACUUGCAUACCCCUAUAUAUAUUUGAACUACCUUUGAACUACCAGAGGAACAGUGAGAUAGAAAUGAAAUAAACAUCUAUGCACGCGCACACAUCCACCAUGAAUAUAUUCAUUGACCCAUAUCCAUUACAAACCACAAGAAUUUAAAAUACGAGGCAAAAUAAAACAACAGUAUGAAAAAUUACCAAUAAAAGCAUCUUGUAUAUUUUUUAAAAUAUUAAAACAGCAUUAAAUAUCACUGGAAAGUUACAACAAGGAGAUUCAUCUAUUACAGUAGUCAAAAGUGCCAGAAAAAGGGGGUUUUAUCUUAAGAGUGGAAAAACAUUACAGAAGGCAGUGAUAAUAAUGGAAAAGAUCUAAUAACCUGGCCAUGGCUCUAUGUUCUUCCUUGGUGACCAAGGUAACAAGCAUGUCAAUAGAGAGAUAAAUGCUCAGAUCAACUUGUCCUAAACUGAUCUGGGCUGUAUAUGUUAAAGAAGCUAAUGGGUCUUUGCAGGGAUCA